GCAAAUGAAGAUAAAACAAUGUCUGCCAACCUAAAAUACCUUUCUUUGGGAAUUUUGGUCUUUCAGACUACCAGUUUGGUUCUAACAAUGCGUUAUUCUAGGACUUUAAAGGAGGAGGGACCUCGUUAUCUAUCUUCUACAGCAGUGGUUGUUGCUGAAGUUUUGAAGAUAAUGGCCUGCCUUUUAUUAGUCUACAAAGACAGUAAAUGUGGUCUAAGAGCACUGAAUCGAGUACUACAUGAUGAAAUUCUUAAUAAGCCUAUGGAAACACUUAAGCUUGCUAUUCCGUCAGGGAUAUAUACUCUUCAGAAUAAUUUACUCUAUGUGGCACUGUCAAAUCUAGAUGCAGCUACCUAUCAGGUCACAUAUCAGUUGAAAAUUCUUACAACGGCAUUAUUUUCUGUGUCAAUGCUUAGUAAAAAGUUAGGUGUGUACCAGUGGCUCUCCCUAGUAAUUUUGAUGACAGGAGUUGCUUGUGUACAGUGGCCCUCAGAUUCCCAAGAGCUUGAUUCUAAAGAACUCUCAGCUAGCUCUCAGUUUGUGGGCCUCAUGGCAGUUCUCACAGCCUGUUUUUCAAGUGGCUUUGCUGGAGUUUAUUUUGAGAAAAUUUUGAAGGAAACAAAACAAUCAGUAUGGAUAAGAAACAUUCAGCUUGGUUUCUUUGGGAGUAUAUUUGGAUUGAUGGGUGUGUAUGUUUAUGAUGGAGAAUUGGUAUCAAAGAAUGGAUUUUUUCAGGGAUAUAACCAACUGACCUGGAUAGUUGUUGUUCUUCAGGCACUUGGAGGCCUUGUUAUAGCUGCUGUGAUUAAGUAUGCGGAUAAUAUUUUAAAAGGAUUUGCAACAUCUUUAUCUAUAAUAUUAUCAACACUGAUAUCCUAUUUUUGGCUACAGGAUUUUGUGCCAACAAGUGUAUUUUUCCUUGGAGCCAUCCUUGUAAUAACAGCUACUUUCUUAUACGGUUAUGAUCCUAAGCCUGCAGGAAACCCCAUGAAAGCAUAGUCAUGAACUAUUGUUUACUGGUUUUUCAUCAUGGUGCACUAGGAAUCUCAACAUCAGUCUUCCACAGAGGAUGUCUACAGAUUUUCUGAAGAAAAUGUCAUCCUGAAUCUGACCGUGUUGUUCAAAGGUUUGAAAAAUAUACAUGCUUAAGGAUAAAGCAUGUACUGUAUAUGUGACAAAACACAUUACAUUCAGAUUCAAAACUUGAAAGUAUUUCCAGGAAUUUGAAUUGGAAAAAAUAUUUCAGGAAACUUGAAAUCUAAGUUUAAAAAGAAUCUACCUUUUGAUUGCUGCAGAAAUGUCCUAUGCACUCUUUGUAAGAGCACACAAAUGUCAGAUACCAAUUUUUGCAAAUUAGAUGUAUUUACUCAUGAAACCUUUUAUUCUUUCUGUAAAUAUCAAAUCACAUGGAAUAUUUAAAAUUUGAAAAUUAUAAUUAACUACACAGCUGUGAAAAGAUAGAAGUAUGAUUUGAAAAACAUUUUCACAGUCUGAGAUUUUUAUAUUUACAACAAAAGAUUAUUGAGCCUAGGAUUGCUAAAUAUUAUUUGUUAAAUUAUGUAAAAUUUGAUAAAAUAAUAUUCUGGAUCUGGUUUUUCAGAGAAUAAAAUUCAUAUUUAAAUUUAGUGUAGAAAAACUAUGUCUCCACAUAUAUUCUAAGACCUUUUAGUACUUUGCAACACCUAAAAACAAUCCAGUUGUUCUUGUGUUCCAUAGUAGCUGGUGACUUUUAUAAAAAUGGAGUUUUACCCCUUAAUCUCUUAAUUGCAUUUCUUUUCUAUAUAUGAGAUAAAUCCUUAAUAUCACUUUACAUUUGUAUGUGUUAAUUGCCAUUAAAGUUUUAAAAUUCAAUCUAAUUGGAUUAAAUACUCAUUUAUUGAUUUAAAAUAAUCACUAUUAUCUAAUUACCUCCAUUUGGAAAAUUUUGAAAUAUCAAGCAUAUACUGUAUACAACUAGAAAGUUUUAAAAUGGUUAUUUUGCUCAUUGAGCUAUGGAAAUUUCCUUUAAUCUACUACUAUU